AUGCAGAUCUUCGUAAAGACGUUGACUGGAAAGACCAUCACUCUUGAAGUUGAAGCCUCUGACACGAUUGAAAAUGUCAAGGCCAAAAUUCAGGAUAAGGAAGGUAUCCCGCCUGACCAACAGCGUUUGAUCUUCGCCGGUAAGCAGCUAGAGGACGGUCGCACUCUCGCGGACUACAAUAUCCAAAAGGAGUCGACUCUCCAUUUGGUUUUGCGUCUCCGCGGUGGAAUGCAAAUCUUUGUGAAGACUCUUACGGGAAAGACUAUUACUCUGGAAGUGGAAGCCUCGGAUACGAUUGAGAAUGUUAAAGCUAAGAUUCAGGACAAGGAGGGUAUUCCACCCGAUCAGCAGCGUCUGAUUUUUGCUGGAAAGCAACUUGAAGAUGGCCGAACUCUCGCGGAUUAUAACAUUCAGAAGGAGUCUACACUCCAUCUUGUUCUUCGUCUUCGCGGUGGAAUGCAAAUUUUUGUUAAGACGUUGACAGGCAAGACUAUCACUCUCGAGGUUGAGGCAUCGGAUACGAUUGAAAACGUCAAAGCCAAAAUUCAAGACAAAGAGGGGAUCCCGCCAGACCAGCAGCGUCUGAUCUUUGCUGGUAAACAGCUCGAAGACGGUCGUACCCUUGCAGACUACAACAUCCAAAAGGAGUCUACACUUCAUCUUGUUUUGCGCCUUCGUGGAGGAAUGCAAAUCUUCGUCAAAACUUUGACUGGUAAGACUAUCACUCUUGAAGUUGAGGCAUCUGACACGAUCGAAAACGUCAAGGCCAAAAUUCAAGACAAGGAGGGCAUUCCACCAGAUCAGCAGCGCUUGAUCUUCGCUGGUAAGCAGCUUGAGGAUGGUCGCACUCUCGCUGACUACAACAUCCAAAAGGAGUCCACGCUUCACUUGGUCUUGCGUCUUCGCGGAGGAGAGAACUAAGAAAAUGAGAUAAAUAAAAGAAAUUUUGUCGAUGUUUCGGACAUUAUAAUUCAAUGAUUUUUUGAU